GACAUUGAGUCACUGGUCCUCUCGGGCAGACUCUUCUCCGAUUCCCGCUCCUCUUCCCCAGAGCGAACACCGUCGCCAGACAACACCGACUGGCCCGAGCUCAACGACGAUGACAAUGGCUUUGACUACGAUUCUGACAAAGAGCGCUCUAAGCAGAUCGACCGCAUCCUCAGCCAGCAGCAGGCGGGCGCGAGCAACAGCGUCGGCGUGGGCGUGCCGGGGCGCACAGGUGUCAAGGGCGUCAUCCGUGACAAGCGCGAGGCGGACAGGAAUGCGCGCGACCACCAGCGUGCAGAGUUGGACGAGCUGAAUAAGAAGAUGGAGAGGGCGGCGUUGAGCGCGCGGACGUAUAGGGAGGAAGAGGAGGAGAGAAUGUGGGAGAGGCACAUGCUGGAGGGAGGAGGGAGCAACGGUGCGAUGGACUUCUUUGGCACGGGUGGAAAGACAGGCAGAUUUGGACAUUUGAGAGAGGUAGGAGUGGAGGGGUUCUUGCCGGCUAUUGAAAGCGAGGAUAGGAACACCUGGGUUGUGGUCCAUCUCUAUGCACCGUCACUAGACAGAUGCUACGCUCUGGAUGAGACGUUGGUCCAGCUCGCCCGCCGAAAUCCUGAUACGAAAUUCCUGCGCUGUAAAGCCGGAGCCCUUGGCUUCGCUUCCGCAUCCUCCUCGUCCCGUCCUGCACCUCGCCCUUCGACAUCUAUUCGGACUGCACGCAGAAUACCUGGCGGACUAUCGACUAUAGACGACGAAGACGAUCCGUUCGGGGACACGGAAGCUGACGAAGACGGCGAGGCGUACGAUGAAGACGGCGAGGUAGACGAGGACGACGAUAUUGACCUGGACAUGCUGCCCACGAUGCUCGUGUACCGGGGCGGAGACCUGGUGUACAACUGGGUGAGGGUGGACUUGGAGGCCGGUAGAGGGGCUAUCGAGGAGCUGCUAAUUAAGUGCGCUUGCAUUCUGCUAUAUUCUGGGUGCUCGCUCUACUAA